AAAGAAAGAAAGAACUCCAACAACCAAUCUCCACAGGCACGGAAAUUAGGCUAGAAGAUCUCUUUAAGCUCCGUCGACAGACACAGAGCCGGUAUUCACUGCGGGGGCUGGUGGAGCGCGAGCGUCACUUUGGGAACUUGGAAAUACUCUAAAUCUCCCGCUAAGCAGGCGAACUCCUCUCCGUGGAAGUUUGACCAUCAAAUAAUCGCAAGAAUAGAUGACAGAGGGCGUCACGAGCGAAUAACUGGGAUCAAGAAAAACAAUGAAAAGUCAGAAUAAGAAUCACGGCUCGUUGGAGUAAGUUUCAUGUGGAACUUUUGGGAGGAAUUCUGAUAUUUACAGGAUCUGCAUUUGACGUUUACCGGGAGUUUAUAUAAACUGGAUUCUGAGCGAAAUCUGGACAUUAACUAAACGGACACAUAACACCUUUUAACACUGGGAUUCAAUUCAGUGCCUCAGUGGAAUGGAGCGGCAGGAGUAGCCGGGGAGAUAUUUUUUUUCCAAAUCACUGGGUCAAUAAAUAAAGACGGACAUAUUAAGCUAACUUCAGCCUAUCUUCCCGGGUGACUUUUCAUUAAAAAAAAAAAAAACGAGUGGAAAAAGAAGGAAAGAAUAUGUCUGGAGAAGAGCAGAGUUUAUCCGAAGUGGAAAUGAGCUCCGGGGCGUCGGACGAUGGGCACACGCUGUCGCCAUCCCACUCCGGUGCGAUGGGACCGGGGAGCUCGCCGUUAUCCGCGUCCCAGCAGCAGAUGACAGUAAUGGGCAGCGAGGAGGCUGGAGCGGACAGGUCACCUUCAGACAGGUUGGAUGACGAUGACGACCGCUUUCCUGCUGGUAUCCGUGAGGCUGUCAGCCACGUGUUGAACGGCUACGACUGGACCCUGGUGCCCAUGCCGGUGCGCGUAAACUCGGGCAGCAAAGGCAAACCUCAUGUGAAGCGGCCGAUGAACGCCUUCAUGGUCUGGGCGCAGGCAGCGCGAAGGAAACUGGCCGACCAGUACCCCCACCUGCACAACGCCGAGCUCAGCAAAACCCUGGGCAAGCUGUGGCGACUCCUGAACGAGAGCGACAAGAGACCGUUCAUCGACGAGGCGGAGAGGCUGCGCAAGCAGCACAAGAAAGACUAUCCCGAGUACAAGUACCAGCCUCGACGCCGCAAGAACGGCAAGAUGGGCUCCGGCCGGGACUCCGACGCCCACUCGGAAGGCCAGAGCCAAGGCCCCCCGACGCCGCCCACCACUCCGAAGACAGAGCUACAGCCUGGCAAGUCCUCAGAGGGGAAGCGGGAAGGCGGUGGCGCCGGCGGGUCCCGCGGCGGGCUGGGCGUCGCGAGCGAGGGGCCGUCCGGGUCCGCGGCUGGCGUGGGGAAGCCCCACAUCGACUUCGGGAACGUGGACAUCGGGGAGAUGAGCCACGAGGUGAUGGCUAACAUGGAGCCCUUCGACGUAAACGAGUUCGACCAAUACUUGCCCCCUAAUGGACACCCGGGGGGCUCUGGAGGCGCGGCGUCCUCGGCCUCGCCCUACGCGUACGCCCUGGCUGCGGCCAGCGGUCACUCGGCCGCCUGGCUCUCCAAACAGCACUCCCCCACAGGAUCGGACCCAUCCAAGGCCCAGAUCAAAAGCGAGUCGGGGGCGAGUGGCCCCUUCGCAGAGUCUGCGCCGGGCAGCUCCCAUGUGACCUACACCCCUCUGGGGCUGCCCCACUAUGGCUCAGCCUUCCCCUCGCUGCCCCCCAGGGCCCAGUUCGACUACAGCGACCACCAGGCCUCCUACUACACUCACUCCAGUCCCACCUCGGGCCUGUACUCUGCCUUCUCCUACAUGGGCCCCACCCAGAGACCCCUGUACACGGCCAUUGGCGAGCCGGGCAACGUGCCCCAGUCACACAGCCCCCCCCACUGGGAGCAGCCAGUGUACACCACCCUCUCCAGGCCCUGAGAGGGAAGGCGGGAGAGAAAAGCCUUCAGCCACGGCUCCUUUAGGAACCGCAGUGUGGACAUGUAGAAGGUGGAGCAGACUGGAAGAGCGUGAUCUUAAUACCGUCUCUAAAGUGCGAGAGGCUGGAAGUUCAGCCUCUGGCCUAAGUUCGAAAUGCCUGAAACAGCUGUUGCUAUGUAAAGUUCCAUGUAGAUGCAAAAAUUGGAUAAAAUUAGGCAUUAAGCUGAAUCAGACCCAUUAAGCGAGGUUAUAAAACCCUUUGCUUUCCUAUGUUACACCCAUGUGUUUGAUGGAGAAACCAAAAAUGAGCAAAAAUAUUGUAUUUACUUAUUACAGUGAGAAUAUUUGAACCCUCGUAGAUGUAAUAGUAGUUCUACACUGUAUAUGCAACACAAAAGGAUAAUGCGAAAAUAUGUUUUACACGGGCCAUGCUUUGUCAACAGAUUUUCCCUACAGGACAGAUUAUAAUGAAGGAAUUUCCUGGUGUGGUUGUUAAUGAAGUAUUCAUCCUCCAUUCUUCCACUGCUAGAGCCUGUAACAGGAAGUAUAGAGCACAAGGCAGGGGGCACCCGGGACUGGUUGCCAGUCCAUCGCAGGGCACAAGGCAGGGGGCACCCACUCACACACAGGGAAGCGUAGAGGCAGCCCUACCCACAUCAUCAUCAAGCCAAUAAUUAAAACAUAAUCACCUUAAUUUAUAUUAUUAUUCCCCUUGCCUGCCAUAUGGAGCAUGGACAGCUGGAUUCUCCUUUGGCUUUAAGAAUGAAAUAUCCUUCAUUAGCAAUGCCGCACAGGCUGUGUUAAGGCUGAUGCAUCGAGCACUGCUUCUGGGUGGAGUUAGUCAAUUUGGCUGGGGCAUGGAUGUGUUGGGCCUGACACGUGUGUGCAGUGAGGCACGGCACGGCCUGACGUGUGCAGUGCAGGAGGGACCUGACACGUGUGUCCAGUGCAGCACACCAUGGCCUGACGUGUGUGCAGUGUGGUAUGGAGGGACCUGACACGUGUGUGCGGGGCUGAUCUGGGAUUUUAUUUUCAUGUAAAAUGUUUAGUGUGAAUCUCUGGCUUUGUGCUCCCCAUGGAUGACAACACACUGAGCUUUGAUGUGUGUUAUUCUUUAAUAGUGUGAGCUGUUAAUCACAAUAGAGUGAGCAAAUGUGUGUAUUUCUUUGAGAGUGAGAGUAAAACAGGCUGUCACUCCACUUUGUACUGCUGGAUCCCCAAAGUAGUGGCUCAUGGGAGUUUUUCUUGUUCUGAGGGCAGAUUGAAAAAUAAUUUAUUCAGAGAGAUAACCAAUCAUAUUGUAGGGUCCAAGCAACUUGAGGAGGCAGGACCAAUCAAUCAAAUGUCUUGGUCUUGCCUCCUCUAGUUGCUGAUUGGUUAUCUCUCUGACCCCAUCAUUUUUCGUUGUGCCCUCAGAACACCUCUGUGUAAAUAAAACUCUCAGGAGCAAAGCAAAGCAUCCAAAUGUUCCCCGUCACAAUACAGAUGAUGCAAUAUGGUCUUUCAAUUUGGAGACUUGCCGAUCCAUUACGACUGCGGCCAAUAGUGUGGCGUUUAAGACGUUGGAGCAGUGUUUCUCAACCCAGUCCUCAGUGAACCCCAGCCAGUCCACGUUUUUGCUCCCUCCCAGCUCCCAGCCAAUCAGGAACACCGAAUAGCUGGUACAG